AUGAAAGUGAUUAUUGUGUUCGCUGCCGUUGUGGCUCUCGCCCUCGCCAAGCCCUAUGACCCCUCCAAGGAUGCCACAGUCCUGCGCUACGAGAACGACAACAUCGGACUCGAUGGAUACAAAUACGCAUACGAGACCAGCGACGGACAGAGUGCCUAUGCUCAGGGUGAACUGAAGAACUUCGGUCCCGAGACGAACGCUGUUGUGUCCCAGGGAAGCUUCAGCUUCGUCGGCGAGGACGGAGUGACCUACACAAUCAACUGGGUCGCCGAUGAGAACGGUUUCCGUGCCGAUGGCGCCCACGUGCCAACCGCCUAAGAACCUCCCUCAGAUCUAC